CAUUUUUAAAUUGCUGUCUUUAUUACAAGUCACGGAUCGGAUCAAUUCAUGAGAUCAUUUAAAUAUCUAAAGGAUAGAAAAGACACAGGAGAUUAUAGCAAUGCAUUCAGUGCAUCUCACAGAGGAAGGAGCUCCAGAGACUCCACGUUUACUGCAACAGAUCACUCUGUUGGUUCCCUCAGAUCACUCUGUUGGUUCCCUCAGAUCACUCUGUUUGUUCCCUCAGAUCACUCUGUUUGUUCCCUCAGAUCACUCUGUUUGUUCCCUCAGAUCACUCUGUUGGUUCCCUCAGAUCACUCUGUUGGUUCCCUCAGAUCACUCUGUUUGUUUCCCUCACACUCUGUUUGUUCCCUCAGAUCACUCUGUUGGUUCCCUCAGAUCACUCUGUUUGUUCCCUCAGAUCACUCUGUUUGUUCCCUCAGAUCACUCUGUUGGUUCCCUCACACUCUGUUGGUUCCCUCAGAUCACUCUGUUUGUUCCCUCAGAUCACUCUGUUUGUUCCCUCAGAUCACUCUGUUGGUUCCCUCACACUCUGUUUGUUCCCUCAGAUCACUCUGUUUGUUCCCUCAGAUCACUCUGUUUGUUCCCUCAGAUCACUCUGUUGGUUCCCUCAGAUCACUCUGUUUGUUCCCUCAGAUCACUCUGUUGGUUCCCUCAGAUCACUCUGUUUGUUCCCUCAGAUCACUCUGUUUGUUCCCUCAGAUCACUCUGUUGGUUCCCUCAGAUCACUCUGUUGGUUCCCUCACACUCUGUUUGUUCCCUCAGAUCACUCUGUUGGUUCCCUCAGAUCACUCUGUUGGUUCUCUCACACUCUGUUCGUUCCCUCAGAUCACUCUGUUGGUUCCCUCAGAUCACUCUGUUGGUUCCCUCAGAUCACUCUGUUGGUUCCCUCACACUCUGUUGGUUCCCUCACACUCUGUUUGUUCCCUCAGAUCACUCUGUUGGUUCCCUCACACUCUGUUGGUUCCCUCAGAUCACUCUGUUGGUUCCCUCACACUCUGUUUGUUCCCUCAGAUCACUCUGUUGGUUCCCUCACACUCUGUUGGUUCCCUCACACUCUGUUUGUUCCCUCAGAUCACUCUGUUGGUUCCCUCAGAUCACUCUGUUUGUUCCCUCGGAUCACUCUGUUGGUUCCCUCACACUCUGUUGGUUCCCUCAGAUCACUCUGUUGGUUCCUUCAGAUCACUCUGUUGGUUCCCUCAGAUCACUCUGUUGGUUCCCUCAGAUCACUCUGUUGGUUCCCUCAGAUCACUCACUUGUUUCCCUCAGAUCACUCUGUUUGUUCCCUCAGAUCACUCCGUUUGUUCCCUCAGAUCACUCUGUUGGUUCCCUCAGAUCACUCUGUUGGUUCCCUCAGAUCACUCACUUGUUUCCUCAGAUCACUCUGUUGGUUCCCUCAGAUCACUCUGUUGGUUCCCUCAGAUCACUCUGUUGGUUCCCUCAGAUGUAUUAGCGUACUUCAAUAACUCCAGGGUGUUGUUUAUUUGAAUCUCUGCACAUUGUUGGGGCUACAAUUAGUUGAAAAAGGCGUUUAAAUUGCACGAAAUGUUGUUUAAAUUGAUAGAAUUUCAAUAUGAAGCAGGAGCUAGCUGCAGGUUGUUUUCCUUAUUGUAUUAUACACUAUGGGAGCCGGAUCUUAUGGCUCCUUGAACGGCUCUCAUCCGGAUAGGUGAGACACCGGGGUCAAAUCAGGGGUCAAAUCCAAGUAGGGGUUAGGGUUAGGAUAAGAAGUCAAGUUGGAACAAUAAACAAAAUUAAAAACAACAGGAGGUCAACUAAAGGUCGUGAAAAGGGGGCGGGGUUAGUAGGGAAUCACCAGGAUAGUGAUUGACUGUAUCGCCAGGAAUCUACUUUUACUCACAGAAUGUAUAACUUGCUUCAUCUCUCAGCCGAACUCCUACUCAAGCAGCGUGCGUUACGCCAUCAUCUCUACGGCUCAUGUGCAGUCAGGAGAGCAGGUUCCUUUAAAGGCGAGUGGAUUUACGGCAGGCGGAGAACCAACGAUAAAAAGAACGGCUCUUUGGUACGACUCGGUUCCCUCGUACCGAAGAGCCGUUCAAAAGAAUCGGAUCGUUCGCUCGUCACAUCACUUUCAUACACCUAACUUACUAACUGAAGGGUGUCGAUCAUUGAGAACGUGUUAAAAGAGCCGAACGUAAUGAUCUGAGGAAACACGAAUGAUACCAGCUGAUGAAGAGGAGGGCUGAGUGAUACCAGAAGAUGAAGAAGAGGGCUGAGUGAUACCAGAAGAUGAAGAAGAGGGCUGAGUGAUACC